AUGACAAUGGUGGUUGUACCUGAUUGUUCUCCUGAGUUAAAGCCUGUCGUCGGACAGAAAUUCCAAUACCUAGAUUUCGCUUUCACUUUUUACGAUGUAUACGCCCGCGCUAUUGGUUUUGAUAUGCGCAAACAAGGGAUGAGGAAGACGGACGAUGUUACAACCUGGUAUUAUGUUGUAUGCGAUAGGGAAUGGAAGAAGAAGUCAAACGACGAUGACCAAUUGAAUGCACGGUCUGGUUUCUCUAUGAAGCGUAGGCGGUUAUCCAAGCGUUGUGGUUGUAAAGCGAGUAUAUCGUUCAAGUUUUUCUCCGAAUGGGGAUUACCAAGUUAUAUCAUCCAGGAGUUCAACAAGGCUCAUAACCAUCAUAUGGUUGAGUCAGAGCAUCAGCAAUUUAUGUCAAUUAAUCGAAAGUUGGAUGAUGUACAUAAGAAAUUCAUUCUUGACUGUUCCAAGGCUAAUAUAGGGCCCACACUUACAUUUAAGGUGUUGAAGGAAAUUCUCGGUGGGUUUGACCUUGUCGGUUGCACUGUCAGGGAUAUCAGGAAUGCUUCUCGAGACAUCAAAGCAUACGCACAUGGAUUUGAUGUGCAAAUGGUGUUGGAUGAUAUGGCUAAGAAGAAGGAAAUGUCCGAGGCGUUCACGUAUCACUACGAAGUAAAUGCUUAUUACCACAUGUUUGGUGAUAUUGUGGCCUUUGACUCCACGUACAACACAAACAGGUACUGUAUGAUAUUCACUCAUUUCACUGGAAAAGAUAAUCACGGAAGACCUACAUUUCGUCAAAUGCAUGGGUGUAGCACCCAAGAUGAUCGUGACAGACAAGAUUUGGGCAUGAGAUCAGCUAUUGAAGAGUGGAACAGUAGAACAACGUUGGACUACCACGAUGCCACUGCCCCGCCCAUACUGGCCACUACUCUGCCAUUCGAGAAACAUGCUUCCACGCUGUACACCGACAGUAUGUUCAAGAAAAUACAAGAAGAAACUGUUGAGGGUAAUGACAGAUGCCGCGUGCUUGGAUUUUCAUCUACAGAAAUGGCUGACACCUACAAGCUUGGGGACAUCAAUCGCAAUUCAUAUGUUGUCUGUCAUGAUAAGAAUGAUGACUCAUACUCGUGCGAAUGCAAAUUAUUCGGUAGGCAGGGUUAUUUGUGCAACCAUAUCUUUUUUUUGUUCCGGAACAAUGAAGUGAAAAAAAUCCCAGAGAAAUACUACGAAAGCAGAUGGAUGAAGACUCCCUUAGUCAAGGCUGUACAUGGGGAGUUUCAUGAUGCCCUGCCUACCAGGUCCAUCGUUGUCGAUAGGCAAACUGUGUCUAAGCAGGCGAUUUCGAUGUUCUAUGGGUUUCUUAGACGAUUUGAGACCGACAUUGAAGUGCUUCGUGCAUUCGUAGGUGGUGUGGAAGAACUUGGCAAUUCUCUUCAAGUUGGUACUCCGCCAACGAUCGCCUCUGAAAAGAGGCGGAUGAUUGAAGAGUUUUAUGGUAUGGUAAGGUCUGAAGUAGUUGAGGUCCAUCCUCCGAAUGUCGUGAAGACCAAGGGCCACGCUAGCAGCUCAGCAAGCCGUCUGAUUUCGAAGAGAGAGAAGGUUGUAAAGGAUGCUACUAGGCCUCUAAGACGGUGUAAGGCGUGCGAUGAGAUGGGCCAUCACGACUCUAGAAAUUGUCCAAUGCUUAAAGAGAUGGCGAUGGAGAAAGAGACGCGGAAGGGAAAGAGGCCAGCUUGA